GUAUAUGCACCUUCAGCCAUUAAUUUCAGAAAAGAAGAAGAAGAAGAUUAUGAAACUGAAGAGAACGCGGUCUGCUGAUAGUAAAAUGGAAAACUUAAGCCUUGAAAGUUUAAUCUUAAAUCUGCAUGAUGUUCAAGCAGUGAAAUUUGGAACGUUCACGCUCAAGAGUGGAAUAACCUCGCCGAUUUAUUUUGAUCUCAGAGUUAUUGUUUCCCACCCGACUCUCAUGAAUGAGGUGUCAAGUUUUCUUUAUCAGUGCGCCAAAGUUCAGGGGUUAAAGUACGACUCGGUAUGUGGUGUCCCGUACACUGCUUUGCCACUUGCUACAAUCAUCUGCUCCAAACACGAGCGGCCCAUGCUCAUCCGAAGAAAGGAAGCCAAAUCAUACGGUACUAAGAAGAUUAUAGAGGGGACCAUUCACCCUGGGGACACGUGUCUGAUCAUUGAGGAUGUUGUGACCAGUGGUAGCAGUGUCAUGGAGACUGCUGUGGUGCUUCAGGAAGAGGGUUUAAAGGUUACUGACGCCAUUGUGUUAAUGGACAGGGAGCAGGGGGGCAGUACCAUGCUGGCUGAGAGUGGCAUCAGGCUCCACUCCGUCAUCUCCAUCUCCCAACUUCUCAACGUCCUACUCCAGGCAGAGCGUAUCGACUCUCCCACAGCCGAGCGUGUUCGCAGGUUUAUCCAAGAGAACAAUGCAUACAAGCCCUCAAAAGAGGAGGAAAACGGCCCACCUGCAGCCAAAAGGGUUCGCAUGGAGGAGGAGCGGAGCUACGGAGACAGGGCCCAAGAUAAGAGCACACAUCCUCUGGCUGCCCAGCUCCUUAAACUUAUGGAAGAGAAAAGGACCAACCUCUGUGUGUCAGCGGACCUGACCGGCUGCGAGGAGCUGUUACAGUUGGCUGACUCUCUGGGGCCUCAGAUAUGCCUGCUGAAAACCCAUGUGGACAUCCUACAGGACUUCAACCCAGACUUUGCUAAAUCCCUCGAGGACCUGGCUCUGAAACACAACUUCCUAAUCUUCGAGGACCGCAAGUUUGCAGACAUCGGGAACAUAGUCAAGCAACAGUAUGAAGGUGGACUACAUCAUAUCUCCUCGUGGUCCCACAUAGUGAAUGCCCAUGCGAUGCCAGGUCCAGGGGUGGUGAAGGGCCUGAGCGAAGUGGGUCGCCCGCUGAACCGUGGAUGUCUCCUCAUAGCUAAUAUGAGCUCCCAGGGUUCCCUAGCAACCGAGGACUACACUCAGGCUGUGGUGAAAAUGGCAGAGGAUCACUCUGACUUUGUUUUUGGGUUCAUCUCUGGCCGGAAGGUCAGCGACAAACCUGGGUUCCUGCACAUGACCCCAGGGGUGAAGAUGCAGUCAAGAGUUUCAGGUGACCAUCUGGGCCAGCAGUACUCCGAUCCUCAUGAUGUCAUAUUUAAUAAACGUUCUGACAUCAUCAUCGUUGGCCGUGGUAUCCUGGAAGCCUCUGACAGGGUGAAAGCUGCUGCAGAGUACAGAAAGGCUGGCUGGGAUGCCUAUGUUAAGAAACUCGUCCCUUCAAACUCAUGAAAAGUCCAGACACUGUUAAGGUUGUUUCCCAAGUGACCAUUGGGUUCUGAUCAGGUGUUCAUUGCUCUCCUGGGGACCCCCCAGCCAUCUCACACUUUAGUUUUUGCCCUGAAAUAGCUCACCUGAUUCAGGCUUGUUAAUUAGUUAAAAAGGGCUAUCCCCAGGACAGGGUUGAAGACCUAUGCUAUAGAGAGAAAAGGGUGUGAAUAUGCUGACUAGGAGCUCACCUGGGUCCUGGCCAGAAGUAGUGUACUAGAUAGCAUGGGUCAUCAGCCGCCAUUGAUUGUUCUUGGGCCAUGCAAAGUUUUUGGUUAAAAUACUUUUAAAUAUGCCGGGGUGUAUUAUAAAAUUGAAUUAAAUUCACACUUUUGACAAUGGGCUUGUAUCAGUUUUUCCCUCAUGUUUUUUGUGAUUGUUUCAAAAUGUGAAAAUGAAGUUAUUUGUAACCCAAUAAUAUGGAAUUGUGAGAUGAAUUGAAUAAAAUAAUUUGCUGUAAAA